UUUAUCUUUCACUUUCCUGCCCAGGAUGUGAGCAAGAAUUUCCUGCAGCUUCUCUUAGGAAGACUUCUUUGAGCAGAUCAGGCCCCCGGAUUGGGAUCUGUGAGCAAGAGGAACCUCAGCUGCCAGGACAGGCAAGAGCAGUGGAGCAGCUACCAUGGCUUCCAGAAUCCUGGGGAGUAUAAAGGAGGAGGUGACCUGCCCCAUCUGCCUGGAACUCCUGACAGAACCUCUGAGCCUAGACUGUGGCCACAGCUUCUGCCAAGCAUGCAUCACUGCAAAUCACAAAGAGUCUAUGUUACACCAAGGAGAGAGAAGCUGCCCUUUGUGCCGGCUCCCUUACCAGUCUGAGAACCUGCGGCCUAAUCGGCAUUUGGCCAGCAUCGUGGAGAGGCUCAGGGAGGUCAUGCUGAGACCAGAGGAAAGGCAGAACGUUGAUCACUGUGCACGCCAUGGAGAGAAACUUCUACUCUUCUGUGAGCAGGAUGGAAAUAUCAUUUGCUGGCUUUGUGAGCGGUCUCAAGAACACCGUGGUCACAACACAUUCCUCGUGGAGGAGGUUGCACAGAAAUACCGAGAAAAGCUCCAGGUAGCUCUGGAGACAAUGAGGCAGAAGCAGCAGGAUGCUGAAAAGUUGGAAGCUGACGUCAGACAAGAGCAAGCUUCCUGGAAGAUUCAAAUACAAAAUGACAAAACCAACAUCAUGGCAGAGUUUAAGCAACUGAGAGACAUCCUGGACUGUGAGGAGAGCAAUGAGCUGCAAAACCUGGAGAAGGAGGAGAAAAACAUUCUGAAAAGACUUGUACAGUCUGAAAAUGACAUGGUGCUGCAGACCCAGUCCGUGAGAGUGCUCAUCUCAGAUCUGGAGCGUCGCCUGCAGGGGUCAGUGGUGGAGCUGUUACAGGAUGUGGAUGGUGUCAUAAAAAGGAUUGAGAAAGUGACUUUGCAGAAGCCAAAAACCUUCCUUAAUGAAAAAAGGAGAGUAUUUCGAGCUCCUGAUCUGAAAAGAAUGCUCCAAGUGUUAAAAGAACUGACAGAAGUCCAACGCUACUGGGCUCAUGUGACACUGGUUCCAAGUCACCCUUCAUAUACUAUCAUUUCUGAAGAUGGGAGACAAGUGAGAUAUCAGAAACCUAUACGUCACCUACUUGUGAAAGUCCAGUAUUUUUAUGGCGUCCUGGGCUCCCCAAGUAUCACAUCAGGGAAACAUUACUGGGAGGUAGACGUGUCCAAUAAAAGGGCUUGGACCCUGGGGGUAUGUGUUAGCUUGAAAUGUACUGCAAAUCAGAGUGUUUCAGGAACUGAAAAUUAUCAACCUAAAAAUGGCUACUGGGUUAUAGGGUUACGGAAUGCAGGUAACUAUAGGGCUUUCCAGAGUUCAUUUGAAUUUCGUGAUUUCCUGGCUGGUUCCCGCCUUACUCUUUCUCCUCCUUUGAUCGUGCCCCUCUUUAUGACUAUUUGUCCUAAUCGGGUCGGAGUUUUCCUAGACUAUGAGGCUCGCACUAUCUCAUUCUUCAAUGUCACAAGCAAUGGAUUUCUCAUCUACAAGUUUUCUGACUGUCAUUUUUCUUAUCCUGUAUUUCCAUAUUUCAAUCCUAUGACGUGUGAAUUACCCAUGACUCUGUGCUCACCAAGGUCUUGAACCAUCUUACACACUCAGCCGCUUCUGUACAGCACCUCUUACCCAGGGGCAUCUCAUACACCUGAACUCAUUUGCACCAUAUUAACCAUCUUCUUCUUCUUGUCUCCCUUCUCCCUUUUUAAAAAUUUUAUUCCGUAAAUGUAGUAAUUGCUUUGUGUCAUAUUCUACCCAAUAUUUUAUUGACAUUUGAUAGCAAUUUUUUUCAUCAUUUUCCAUACUGCCAAGGAAAACUGACCUAUACUUCAUAAAAUGAGACCACUAUUUAGGUAUUACUUCUGCCAAAUAUUUACCACCCAAUUGCCUCUGACACUGGCUAAGAAGACAAAGAAAAGCUUUUCAACAGCCUUUCUAUAUCAUCUUGUAGUAUUUGCUCACCAAAGAAUGAGUCCUUAGCCCUGUGUCAGUUUACACUCUUACUCGUCAAAGAGUUAAAGAAAAAAUAUCAUAAAAGGUAUACUCUAAGUGUAGAGGUUUUGUAACUACAGUAUCUGAGUAUGACUCCUGUCUCUCCAUCAGCAGUGUAACUGUGAAUAACAUACUUAAAUAGCUAUGCUUCUUUUCUUUUCUUUCUUUCUUUCUUUUUUUUUUUUUUUCUGAUGGAAUUUCACUCUUGUUGAUGGGCUGGAGUGCAAAGGCGCAAUCUCAGCUCACUGCAACCUCUGCCUCCCAGGUUCAAGCAGUUCUCAUGCCUCAGCCUCCCAAGUAGCUCGGAUUACAGGCACCUGCCACCACACCUGGCUAAUUUUGUAUUUUUAGUAGAGACGGGGUUUCACCCUGUUGGUCAGGUGGUCUCAAACUCCUCACUUCAGGUGAUCCACCCGCCUCAGCCUCCCAAAGCACCGGGAUUAGAGGUGUGAGCCGACAUGCCCAGUCUGUACUUAUUUUCUUAAAAUAACUUUUGUAUUAAAAACUUUACCUUAAAUAAGUUCUAAUGUUCUAUUGCAUAGUAGUAUAAGUAGAGUUAACGAGAACAUAUUUUGAAGUAGCUAUAAGAGAAAAUUUUUAAAAUUCUCAUCACAAAGAAAUGACAUAUUUGAGGUGAUGGAAUGCUAAUUACUCUGGUUUGAUUAUUAUACAAUGUAUACAUGUAUCAAAACUUCACACUGUACCACAUAAAUAUGUACAUUUAUUAUUUGUCAAUUAAAAGCAAAAUAAAACAAACUUCAUCUAAUACUUUGGAUCAUUGUGAAAAAAUAAAUUCCUGAAGUAUAAA